AUGUCCAAACCAGUCCACAGAAAUGGAAAUCUAUCAGCAGUGUCCUUGCAGGGGUUUGUGCUGGUGGGAUUCGGAGGAAGUGCAGAGACCCAGGCCCUGCUCUUUGCUGUCUUCCUGCCUCUGUACAUGCUGACCAUCCUGGGCAACCUCACCAUGAUCACAGUCAUCACCCUGGAUACCGGCCUGCACUCCCCCAUGUACUUCUUCCUCAAGAACCUGUCCUUUGUCGACCUCUGCCUCUCUUCUGUUAUUGUGCCCAAUACUCUAGCCAACAUUUUCUCCUCUUCCAAGGUCAUCAGCUUUGAGGGAUGUGCCACUCAGCUCUUCCUUUUCACCUUGUUGGGUGCCACCGAAGCUGUACUCUUAGCUGUGAUGGCAUAUGACCGUUUCAUGGCCAUGUGCAGUCCUUUAAGAUACUCUGUGAAUAUGUGCCCUACAACCUGUGCCCAUUUGGUUCUGGGUACCUUCUGUGUUGGCUGCCUGAACGCCAUUGUCCAGACAAGCCUCACAUUCCAGCUGCCCUUCUGCAGCUCCAACCACAUCGAUUACUUCUUCUGUGAUGUGCCCCCACUGAUCAAGCUAGCCUGUGAAGACACGACUCUCAAUGAACUUGUCAUGUUUGGUAUCUGUGGGUUCAUCAUUGUGUGUGCUGUUCUUGUGGUCAUCAUCUCUUAUGGCUACAUCACAGUGACCAUCCUCAGAAUGCAGUCAGGGUCAGGGCGGCACAAGGUCUUCUCUACCUGUGGCUCCCAUAUGACAGCUGUAUCCUUGUUUUAUGGAACUGGUUUUGCUAUAUAUGGCCAGCCAGGAGGUAUGGCAUCCAUGGAGCAGGGCAAGUUGGUCUCCAUCAUCUACACCCUGGUGAUCCCCAUGCUCAACCCCCUCAUCUACAGUCUGCACAACAAGGAUGUAAAGGAUGCCCUGAGGAGGCUGGGACAGAGGCACAGUCUGGUGAAGAAGAGUGGCUGGUGUCAGCAUCAGGGAAUAUGCUAG